UUUAAGUCAGUAUACGGUGAUAUCCAAAAGUACACGAUGGCAAAACGGGCCUGCGAUGGCGAUGAUGCUGCUGCUCCUGUUGGAUUCCCCUCCUUAGCGCCUACAGCAGAUCCUGGUCAGUCUAGUAAGAAAGCGAGGAGAGAAAAUAGUACCCCAGAGCUCAACAAUGCUUAUAUGAAUACUAAAGGAAAGCUAUUUAAAGACAUGAAAAACGCUUGGAGGAACAAGGAGCCUUUUGAAUCAGAGUUUGCAAAUGUCCUUUUUGAUCCAUUCAUGUGUUGGACUCUUAAGGAUUUCAUUAGUGAGGGCAUGGAGACAGGAAGUGGGAGGGGCUAUGCAUCAGAUCUUAAGUCGUCACUGAUGAAAUUGAAAUUUUUUGACAAGAACAACAACCUCUACCAAUUUAAACAAUCACAUGAUCUUAAAGAUGCCAAAUCAAUUCAAAUAAAACAAUUUUGGGAUUUAUUAUUAAGUGAUAUACUGCCAUGGUUAAGAGGGCUAACUGAUAUUGACCUGUAUGAGACUGUGGAUGCAACUUGUGCUAAAUACGAUCAUACAAAUGUAUUAUUGUGUCAUGAUGAUGAGCUGGAGGGUAGAAGGAUUGCAUACAUAUACUAUCUUGUAGAUCCUUCAAGGGAGAAGAAAGAUGGAGGAACACUUGAUUUAUUCAACACUGAUGAGUUUGGUCAGCCUCAUCAGAUAGUCCAUUCUAUUGUUCCUUUGUGGAACUCUUUUGUAUUCUUUGAAGUCACUCCAGCCUCUUUCCAUCAAGUAUCUGAAGUGUUGACAGCUUCAAAGACUCGUCUAACAAUCAGUGGCUGGUUUCAUUGGCCGUCAUUGCCUUGCCCAUCUCCUUAUAAGGAAAUCAUUCUAUCAAUGCACCGCCCACUGGAUAAACCAUUAGAGGUGUUGGCGGAGUGGGUUAGUCCAGUGUAUCUAGAUGUUGGUACACAAUCACAGAUAAGGGAACAAUUUGAGAGUGAAUCACAAAUUGAAUUACCUGACUUCUUAAUAGUGACUAAACUAAUACCGUAUAGCU